UUCAGUUUCAGAAUGGUUAGGUUAUAUGUGUAAGGUAAUUGCCUUUAUUUUGUAGUGUCAUAAAGGGAAAUUAAGUCACCUGGUGUCAGAUCCCUUUUAUCAUUUCCCCCACAAGUUACUGUAACCCAUAUUCUAUGAAUAGAUGGCCAUUUCAUAAUUAUGUUUUGUCAUUUCUCAUAACUCUUUCUACCUUUCCUGCCACUUCCCUACUAUAGGUUAAACAAAUUGAAGAUAAUGACACUAAUUAACAAAAGCCAUCCUGAAGAGUUUAUUCUACUGGGCUUUGCUGACCGUCCUUGGCUAGAGCUUCCUCUUUUCAUUAUUCUUCUUAUAACAUACCCCAUGGCCAUGAUGGGAAACAUAGCCAUCAUUCUGGUGUCCAAGCUAGACCCCCGUCUGCACAGCCCCAUGUAUUUCUUCCUCACUAACCUCUCCUUUUUGGACAUGUGCUAUACCACAAGCAUUGUCCCUCAGAUGCUGUUUAACCUGGGAAGCGCUAAGAAGACAAUAAGCUAUAUGGGGUGUGCCAUUCAGCUUUAUUUCUACCACACAAUGGGAGGCACAGAAUGUCUGCUUUUGGCUAUCAUGUCUUUUGAUCGCUAUGUGGCCAUCUGCAAGCCUCUACACUACACCCUCGUCAUGAAUCAGCGUGUCUGUAUCCUAUUAGUGUCCACUGUGUGGCUGUGCGGAAUGACCUACGCUGUCUCCGAGGCCACUGUUACAUUACAGUUGCCACUGUGUGGUCUCAAUAAAUUGGAUCAUCUGGUGUGUGAGAUUCCUGUUCUAAUAAAGACUGCCUGUGGUGAAAAGGGUGCUAAUGAACUCACACUCUCAGUGGUAUGCAUUUUUAUGUUAGCUGUUCCGCUAUGUUUAAUUCUUGCUUCCUAUGCUUGUAUUGGACAUGCUGUAUUCAAAAUUAAGUCUUCUGAGGGAAGGAAAAAAGCUUUUGGGACAUGUUCCUCCCAUCUCAUUGUUGUUUCCUUACUUUACGGCCCGGGCAUUAGCAUGUACCUUCAGCCCCCCUCCUCCAUCUCAAAGGACCAGCCCAAGUUCAUGGCUCUCUUCUAUGGAGUGGUGACUCCUACACUCAACCCUUUCAUCUACACCCUGAGGAAUAAGGAUGUAAAGGGGGCACUAGGCAACUUGGCAAGGAGCAUUUUCACAUCCAAAUGAUAGUUGAUAGACAUCAAAUGAAAUUAUUUAACAAUGAGAGUAGGUUUAUGGGGGUUUCUCUAAUAACUCAUUCUUGUCUCCUAUUCCCCCCAUCUCAUGUUAG